GGAUAAUUGGCUUUAUCUUCACUUUUACAGUAGGGAAAUUAGAUGUGCAGGGAGAGAGAGAUCCCAGACCAUCUGACUCCUGCUUCCCAGUUCUCAUUGCUUGGUUCAAUAGUGCAAAUCCUGGCAAUAGGCACUUUCAGUCUGACCUGUGUCUUGUAUUGCAUUGCAGUGCCACAAACAAGGAUUUUGGCUACCGGUGGUGCAUCCCACAAUAAAAAGAUCCUGCAGGUCCUGGCUGACGUGUUCAACGCACCGGUGUACACCAUCGAUACCGCCAAUUCUGCCUGUUUAGGAAGUGCUUACAGAGCAAUUCAUGGGCUUGUGGCUGAGACUGGUGUGUCCUUGGCUGAUGUUGUGAAAUUAGCACCAGAACCCAGACUGGCUGUUACACCAACCACGGGGGCUGAGGAGCUCUACCAUCCACUUCUGAAGAGAUAUGCAGAGCUUGAACAGAAGGUGAUCUACAAUCCAAUCUCUUCUUUUCUGGCAAAGUAACAAGCAAACAAAAUUUAUAAGUUGGCUGAAGAGUGGACUGCCAAGGAGAAGUUCAGAAGAGAUUUGUUCAGAAUUUACUGGAGAUUUUAAAGCAUUCUGUUGCAAUUUGUGUCUUAAAAUAAUAUUAGGAAUAAUUUUUAAAUGUGUUUUUGAGGAUGUUGGAGGAAAAGUUACGUUGAGAUUGAAAAUCUGAUUAAAUAGCAUCACAU